AUGGGUGGCGACCUGAACUUGAAGAAAUCAUGGCACCCGGGGUUGAUGCGCAAUCAGGAGCGCGUCUGGUCGGAGGAGAAGCGCGCUCUCGAAGAACGCAAGCGUAUCGACCAACUGCGCCGAGAACGCGACGAAGAGCGCCAGAUGCAAGAAAUCCAGCGCCUGCAUGAGGCCUCAGGGAAACCGAAGCAACUCAACCGAGUCGACUGGAUGUACCAAGCCCCUUCUAGCGCAACGGGCCAUUACUCGGAAGAGAUGGAGGGGUACCUGCUUGGCAAGCGCCGCAUUGACGGAAUCCUAUUGAAGAACGAUACCGACAACCAGAAGCUAGAGAAGGGUGCUGAUCUUGCUGGCGCGAAUGCGGCCACUGCUGCAGCGGCCGGUCCGUCUGUUGGAUCUCAACGUGAUACCAUGGCUAAGGUUAUGGCUGAUCCGCUGUUCGAAGUCAAGAAGCGAGAGCAGGCUGCGUAUGAGGCUAUGGUCAAGGAGGCUGACCGCGAUGCAAAGCGCCGGAGAUACAGUGAUGAUGCUGAGGAUGACCGCCGAUCCCGCCACCAUCACUCUUCGCGCCGUCAUCGUUCAAGAUCCCCUGGGCGUUCCAACCGCGAACAUCGCAGCGAACGUGAUGAUCGCGAUCGUCGAGAGGACAGACGCCGCAGAGAGAAUCGUGAUCGUCGGGAGGAUGGACACCGCAGAGAAAAUCGUGAUCGACGGGAGAAUGGUCCCCGCAGAGAAAAUCGUGAUCGUCGAGAAGAAGGACGCCGUGGAGAUGACCGAGAGCGCCGCGACGACCGAGAGAGAAAAGAAUUUUACACGAGCCGUCGAGAUCGAGAUGACGAGGGUGAGCGCGAUCAAGGCAAGGACCGCACCCGAUCUCCACACCGUUCUCUUCCCCCGGGACGCUCUCCAUCUCCACGCCCAACAGAAGAACGCGGUGCCCGCCGCGAUUAUCCUCGACGAGACUACAACAACGACCUUCGCCCAGUUGCUCGAGAGCGUGGCCCGCCACCUCCUCGCCCUGAGGCCAACAAAACCGAACCCAAGGAACAGGAAGAAGAGCGCCGCCGCAAGCUAGCCGAGAUGCAAUCGAAUGCCACCGAUCUCGAGUCAGAUCGCCGCCAACGCAUUGCAGAGAUCACCACGAAGGAAGAGCAGCAGGCAGAGGCGGACGACAAGCAACGCUCAGAACGUGGCCAGUUCAUGUCGCAGAUCCACAAGCGUGCGCAAGAAGAUACAUUGGAUGAACGUAUUAAGCGCAGUCGCGGUGGACUGUCCAGGAUGGACGAGGAUUGA